AUUGAGAGUCACAAGCAUAGCUAGUAGUUCCUAUGGCCAUGGCUACAUUGUUUUGUUUCUGGAAAUAUAAAUAGAUUGUUAUGAUAAACAUUCCAGAGUACUAUUAAUAGCUUAGAGCUUCUUUCUAUGGAAUACUUUAAAUGUCUUCUUUUGUGCGCUCUUAUUUACAAAAAGUCAGUUUCGUAUACUUUUGCUUAAUGAUAUCAAUCAAUUGUAUCUUUUCGCAAUUUGCUUGCAUAUUUGCAAAUUUGUUGAAAAAAUCUUUCAUUACUAGCAGUAUUUUGAACCCCCAUCUUUCAGCACUUAAAUUAAAAAUAAUUCGAAUAUCCCUUCCUUCUUUCCUUACACAAAAAUAAUCGAUAUUUGAAGUCUUCUCUGGUAUCAAGGAUAUAUUCGUCAGUCCAUAUUCAGUGGUAAUGUUUAAUAACAAUGAGAAAGAGAAUUCGGCACCUUUGGAAGAAAUAUGGAAACUUUCUUCAUUCUCUCUAGAUACAGAAAUUCAAUCCAUCAAUCAUCAAAAAAUUGAGGAAAGAUUAAAAAAGCUUGUAAAGGACAUUGAGUAUGGAUAUGACACAAAUGAGGAAACUAUCUGUUUUCAUAAUUUUGUUUCCUACCUAUAUUGGAAAUGUGACAAAAGAAAAAUAGCUAUGGAGUUUGCUUCAAAGGCCCUUGAACUUGGAGAAAAGAUCCAAUCGCUAGGAAGAACGGACAAUAUAGUAACCAUAUGUAACUUUUAUUAUUUUCAUAAAGGGAAUGGCGAUGUCGUUAAGUCCAGAAAAUUUCUCAAACAAUUUAAUGAUUUGUACAAAGGUGCUUAUUUCCAAAAACUCAAAUAUAUUGCAAAAGCAGAAUUAGCCGUAUGCAUAUCAAAGCUCGGUCCAUUCUGUGCAACGAAAGCAAUUGAAAUGUUUCGUGAAUCCGUUGGCAAAAUGUCUACGUUUGUAGAUUGCUGGCAGUUUUAUUUUGCAUUGACACUAAGAAGAAAAAAACACUUACUGACAAUUCAGGACAUGGCAGAUGCACAAUCUGUAGAGGAAGAUAGGGAGGCGUUUGAUAUCUAUAUGAAUGUAAUUAAAACCACAUCUUCCAAAAACUUAAAAUCCAGAUCAUUGACUGAAGUUGGAUUGAUAGUUUACGAUAAUCAAGACAAAUAUAAAGAUAUGGAUUAUAUGAAAUGCUUUGAAGACGCAAUAGAAGUCAACCCAAUGUCAUACCAUGCACUUCAACGCUAUGGACAACACUUGAGAUAUCAGAGAAAUCUACAGAAAUCAAAAGAAAUACUUGAAAAAUCUCUGACCAUCCGAGAAACAACCAUUGCUUAUCAUCAUCUUGGUUUGACCUAUCAAAAAAUGGUUUUACUUGAACAUAAUGAAAAAAAGAAAGCAAGACUUUUAAAUAGAAAACAUUUUCCCAAACCAGAAUCUUUAAAAGAGAGGAGUCGAAUAUCGAGACAAGAAUCUUUCAAAGUGAGGGGUCAUAUACCAAGAAAUGAUUCUUUAAAAGUGGAGGGUUCUAAUAUGAAAAACUACCAUGAUAAAGAAAAAAAUGUGGAAACGAGUCGAGAUUCCGAACAAGUAAGGGCAAAAAUGAAAUCAGUUAGAUAUGUACCACGAUAUCCAGGAGAUGAACGGUUGCUUAAUGCUGAACGAUGUUUUCAAAAAGCCUUACAAUUGGUCACUUCUUUCAAUCAAGCACGCUAUGAUUUAGGACUUGUUCAAAGAAUGCUUGGAAAAAGUGACGAAGCUCUGGAGAAUUUUCGGUAUAUAACAAACAGUUACAAAGGAAAAUCCAGUGACAAACUGCAACUGAUUUUUGCAUAUGAGCAACAAGCAUUUUGUAGAUUUGAUCUAUUUAAAACCAGUAAGGAUGAAAAUGAUAUAAUUAAUGCAGUAGAUGCUUUAAACCGAGCUCUGGAUAUUUUGUCUCUAUAUAUUGACCCUCUUCCAAAACUAAAAUAUGGAUCUUCUUGCAUCCAGGUCUUAGAAGAAACAAUGAACAAAUAUGAAUGUUUGCACUCGGGAGAAGAAAACAGAAAUGAAAACUUUGCUCAUUUAUAUGAAAAGGCAAAGGAAUACAAAAAAGCAUAUGAGAUUUACUCGAAAUGUGAGACUAAAUCUGCAGCUGUUUAUCAAAAGAUGGUUGAAAAUUUGAAAGAAGCUGGAGAUCAUGAAAAUGCUAUUGGUAUAUUAAAUAGACUAAUUAUAGACAAAGACCCUAAUACGCCUUCUAGACCAUUUUUAUUUCGGAUGUAUAUGGAUGGAGCUUUGUACUCGUUAGAUAAAAGGAAUUAUGAAGAAACAAAGAUUAGGUUCCUGCAAUGCAGAAAAUGCAUACCAGCCUGGGAAAUGCGCACGGAUAACUGCUACAGUGAAGAUAACUUGCUAGAUUUCCUCAUUCUACAUAUUUGUGAAGAAAGAUGUCCACUUGCAGAGAAGUUAGUACAUGUACUGACACAGUCUUUUUUUAUAAAAUGGAACGUCACGAAGAAUUUAGAUGAUUGUAUAAUAGGUCAUGGAAUUAUGGAAUAUUACGAAGAUGUUAUCGCAAGAGCAAAAUACGUACUACUUUUUUACCAUGAAAAUCAUUCAGAUUGUGAAGAUCAUAAUGGUGAAUUUCUUAAAAUGCAACAUAAGCGUCUCUGCAUGGGUGCAAAAACGAACAUACUGAACAUUAUUCUGGGUAAUGCAGAACAACCAUCUCAUCAUCCAAAUAUCAUCCUCCCAAACGACUUUGCCACUGCAGAAGAAGAUAGCAAAGAAGACCCGGGGACACAUGCGUUAGAAAGUCGUCUGACAAUGGAUAUUCUUAAGACAACAUUUGCUCUCCAAGAGAGUAAGGUAACAUCUCAAAAAUAUAUUACUUGUAUAUAGAUGUUUCGUGUUCAGUGCGUGAUAAGAUUCAAAAAGGUGAAGAUAAUAAACAGUGAUCGAUCUGAUAAAAUGUUCAAA